ACUGCAGAGUGGAGAGCGAAGAAGAAGAAGAAGUGAGCGAUUUCUCAGCUAAGAUUCUGGUAAUAAUAAUAAAAAACAAAGCUUUGGAGUUGUUUGUGAGAACGUAUAUUAUGGAAGACAGCUUUAGUCAGUUAACUGAUGAUAUGCUCAUCAGAAUAUUAUCAUUUGCCCCAAUCAAAGAUGCCGUAGCUACUAGCAUUUUGUCAAAACGAUGGCUGUUUCUUUGGACACUAUUGACAAGGCUUAACUUUGAAGAUAGAUUUGUUGAGGAUUGCAUAUUGUCUUCGGAUUUCAUCUUUGGGUUUUUGCUAUUACACAAGUCACCAGUUGUAGAAACUUUUCAUCUCACCAGACGACGUUCUCAAUGUAGCGCUUUACAAAUCGAAUCAUGGGUUAGAUUCGCUGUUGAUCGUUUUGUGCGUAUGCCACUGACCAUUGCCGUAUAAGGUUACCAAGUGCACUGUUUAGAUGUGAAACAUUAGAGACUUUGGAACUCAAGAGGGUGAUUCUUUCGGAAGUUCCUUCUCGGGUUAGCCUUCCAUCUCUCAAGACGUUGCGUCUUAUAUUUCUGAAGUACGAAGACGAGGAAUCUUUUGUCAGGCUUGUAUCUAGUUCCCCUGUUCUUGAAGAUUUGGAUGUAAAGAAUUCUAGUAAGGACAAUAAUGGGAAGACUUUCACCAUUGAUGUGCCUUCCCUUCGGAGUUUAACCGUUUUUGAUAUGAUGGAAGACGCUGAUACGAAUGAUAAUGUGUUUGUGAUACAUUCUCAUUCUUUGAACCACUUGGAUAUUUUAGAAGAGUGUCAAGAGUGUGGUAACUAUAAUAUCAUCGGUGGUUUUCCCAAGGUUGUGGAGGCAAGGCUUGAGAUUGAUAGCCAAGGGAAUAUUCUGGAAUCUCUUACCUAUGUCAAACGUCUUUCUCUGUCUUUAUAUUAUGGGGCUCAGUAUCUUAUUCGUACCAUUUUCUUUCAGCUUGUAUGUUUGGAGUUCCACCGUUUUAGUGAGAACUGGGCGAAUUUGCUUGUGUGUAUGCUCCAACAUUCCCCUAUACUACAGAUUCUCAAGUUUGAAGACGACCAUCCGGGUUGCUGGGAUCCUGACGAGGGUUGCUGGAUUCCACCGAGUUCUGCUCCUGAAUGUUUGUUUUACCAUCUCAAAACCUUUGACUGUAAAGACAUUGAAGGAACACCAAGACAGAAAGAAGUUGCUAUUUAUAUUUUGAAGAACGCAAGGCAAUUAGUUACCGCAACUGUGAGCCAACAUGUCUUUGAGGAAUUGGAAAAUGCAACCAGGGGUUCAAGAUCAUGUGAGCUUACAAUGGGCUGAAGAGCAAAAUUAGUGUUCAAGGUGGAACAUGUUUGUUGGAACGUGUUUCUUCUGAAACUGAUCAAUUAUCUAUAGCUUAAUGUUAUAUAUUAAGGGUGGAACAUGUUUGUUGGAAGCAAAGGCAGAUUUCAAAUCCACGAUGAAUAAGAUGAUUAUUGUUGUCGUUUUUGGUUGUAUGAUCAUGGUUGGUCUCAUUAAGCUAAAUAGGAUGUGUCUUUAGGACUUGCGUGUUGUCUUUGGUUGUAUGGUCAUGUCUGAACCUUUGGGUUAUAAUGGAUUCUCAGGUCAAUGAUUA